UUGGUCAACAAAAUACCAACUCAUCUCCCAUAAGCCGCCUUCCUCUUCUCCUCCUCCGGUUUUCUCUCCCCCACAAGAUCUCCUCCGCCCCUAACGGAUUCCGUCAACCCAGAUGCCAGUCUAACCCCUCCGUUCCGUCACCAUGCAGCAGUCCUCAAAAAAUCGCCGAAAAGUCGCCCCCGUCACCUCUGACACCCCCGAUUCCUCGGACAAGCAAGACCACCACCACCUCUCCUCGGCUAUCUGCAACGGCGAGGACCUCGGACCCUUCGUACGGAAAGCCUUCGCCUCCGGCCACCCUGAGACCCUCCUCCACAACCUCCGCCACUUCUCCCGCUCCAAGGAAUCCGAGAUCGAAGAUCUCUGCCGGGCCCAUUACCAGGACUUCAUCCUAGCCGUCGAUGAUCUCCGAUCCCUCCUCUCCGACGUUGACUCCCUCAAAUCGUCCCUCUCACACUCCAAUUCCCUUCUUCAGUCCGUCGCCGGUCCUCUCCUUUCUUCCCUCGACGCCUUCAUCGAGGCUCGCAGCAUCGCCCGCAAUGCUACCCUUGCUUUAGAUGCCGUCCGAUUCUGCGCUCGCCUCACCGAGCUUUGCUCUCGCGCCAACGCUCACCUCACGUCGGGCCAGUUCUAUCUCGCUCUGAAGUGCGUCGAUGCAAUCGAGCGCGAUGCUGACAAGACGCCGUCUUCAGCGCUGCGGCGGAUGCUCGAGAAGCAGGUCCCGGCGAUCCGGGCCCACGUCGAGCGGCAGACGAGUAAAGAGUUCGGCGAUUGGCUGGUCCAGAUCCGCGUCGUGAGCCGCAACCUCGGGCAAUUGGCGAUCGGGCAGGCGUCAUCGGCUCGCCAGCGGGAGGAGGAGCUCCGGAUCAAGCAGAGGCAAGCGGAAGAGCAGAGCCGUCUCAGCCUCCGCGACUGCGUUUACACCUUGCACGCGGAUGAUGAUGAUGAUGAGGACGAGGAUGCGGCUGGCGAUGAUGAUAAGGAUAAGUACGGACGGCUGGGAUUCGAUCUGACGCCUCUCUACCGGGCCUACCACAUCCAUCAAACUCUAGGCCUCCAGGACCGGUUCAAGCAGUACUACUUUGAGAACCGGAAGCUGCAACUGACGUCGGAUUUCCAGGUAUCUUCCAUGACACCAUUCCUCGAAUCGCACCAGACGUUUUUCGCUCAAAUCGCUGGAUUUUUCAUCGUCGAGGACCGGAUUCUGCGGACUGGCGGUAGUUUGAUCUCGAAGAUUGAGGUUGAGAACCUGUGGGAGACUGCUGUGAGCAAGAUGUGUUCUGUCCUAGAAGAUCAGUUCUCGAGGAUGCAGACAGCGAAUCAUUUGCUGUUGAUCAAGGACUAUGUAAGCCUGCUCGGUGUCACGCUGCGGCGGUAUGGGUACCCUGUCGAUGCUUUGCUGGAUGUGCUGAGCAAGCACCGGGACAAGUACCAUGAGCUUCUGCUGUCAGAUUGCCGGAAGCAGAUUGCGGAAGUGGUUGCGGCUGAUAAGUUUGAGCAGAUGCUAAUGAAGAAGGAAUACGAGUAUUCAAUGAACGUGCUGUCGUUCCAGAUACAGACGUCUGAUAUCGUGCCAGCAUUCCCUUAUGUAGCCUCAUUCUCAUCUACAGUCCCGGAUUGCUGCCGGAUUGUGCGGUCGUUUAUCGAGGAUUCUGUUAGUUUCAUGUCAUAUGGGGGGCAGUUAGAUUUCUAUGAUGUCGUGAAGAAGUACUUGGACCGGCUAUUAGGGGAAGUCUUGGAUGGUGCUCUGUUGAAGCUUAUUGGAUCAUCUGUACACGGUGUGUCCCAAGCGAUGCAGGUGGCGGCAAAUAUGACGGUUUUAGAGCGGGCCUGUGAUUUCUUCUUCAAGCAUGCUGCGCAGCUGUCAGGGAUUCCUUUGCGGAUGGCAGAGCGGGGCAGGCGGCAGUUUCCGCUAAAGAAUGCCCGCGAUGUAGCUGAGGAGCACCUCGCUGCACUGCUCCAGGCAAAGGUCGAUGAGUUCAUGGUGCUGACGGAGAGUGUGAAUUGGAUGGCUGACGAACCCCUGCAGAAUGGGAAUGAAUAUGCGAAUGAGGUGAUCAUCUAUUUGGAGACAUUGGUUUCGACUGCGCAGCAGAUAUUGCCAGUUCAAUUGCUCAAGCGGGUUCUACACAGCAUCCUCUCUCAUAUAUCAGAGAAGAUCGUGGGAAUCUUUCUUGGGGAUUCUGUUAAGAGGUUUAAUGGGAAUGCCGUUAUGGGGUUCGAUGUUGAUCUACGGCUGCUUGAAUCGUUCGCGGAAAACCAAUCUCAUCUGUUUGCGGAUUCAGAAGCUGAUGCAAACCAGUUGAAGCAGGCAUUUGCAGAGGCAAGGCAAUUGAUCAACCUGCUUAUGAGCAAUCAUCCAGAGAAUUUCCUCAAUCCAGUGAUUAGGGAAAAGAGUUACAAUGCUUUGGAUUAUAGGAAGUUGGUGGUGAUUUCUGAGAAGUUCCGGGAUUCUUCAGAUAGGCUGUUUGGGAGCUUUGGGGGAAGGGGGUUGAAGCAGAAUCCAAAGAAGAAAUCUCUAGAUGCUUUGAUAAAGAGACUCAAGGAUGUGAGCUGAAUAGUGGAUAAUGCUGUGUAUGAACAGCACUUGUGUUUGGCUGCUGCGACAACUUGUUGAAUCUUUGAUGCCGUCUCUACCCCUUUGUCUCCAUUUUCCUUGGUGGUAUCAUCUUGUGGCUCUUCACAGUAGUUGAGGAAUUUACAUGGGCAUAAUGGUUGGAACAUGGCUACUACCUGGAGACUUAAAGCAAGAAACAUCACCACACACUCUCUGUGAGUCCUCUAUUAUGCAGACAUUACCACAAGUCUCCAUGACUUUAUGGCACAACCUGUUAGUUAUCUUGGGAGCAUGCAGGUUAUUUUGAGCCCCUGGUAUGGUUGCAUGAGGUGGAGUGCCACAUGAAGAAAGAACAAAAGAAAGCACAUCGAUGUAGGAUACUAUGGCAAAGAUUACUGUCAUAAGGGCUCCUUAUUCCUGAAUGAUCAAAAGAUUGCUGUCUUGUUGGGUGUAUUGGUGUUCCAUGUAGGAAAAACUGUUUACAGUGUAUAAUGGUUUAUUUAUUUGUAUGGUUGUGUUCCACAUCAUCUUUUGCUAA